UUUAAGAAAAUAUUGUAGCAAGAAAAUCAUUCUUGUAUUUAUACCAUUUAAAAUUUUCAAAUAUCGAGCUCGUGAUUUCGAAUAAUAAAACUUGAGAUUCAGAGCGAUAGGCAAUCGAAGAACUACGACGAAGCAACGAAGCUGUUCUUGUCUGGUGUUGCUGAUAGAACAAGAUCGAAGAGAGGCGGAACCUACGAUGGAACCUACUACGAGACCAGUGGUGAAGAAGAAGAAGCGCACAGGAUUUCUUCCGGGUUUCAGACUGUGGAGGAAACGAAAGCAAGUUAUCGUUCGUGGGGAGUUUCUGCUCCGAUUCCUCGAAGGGAACAGAAUUCUCCGAGCUGCGAUUACGAGACUGGAUCGGAGGGGGUAUCGGCCCCUCAUGAUUGUAGAAGACGAAACCGGAAGAGGAAAAUUCAACCGAACCCCGUCCGAAGAGUUUCUCCAGGUAACAGCAGCAGUAGAGAUAUGUAUAUCGAAGAAAUCGAGAUCGAGAGAUCCAAUGCAGCUGGAUUCAAAAAUAAGAAAACAAAAAUCGCAUCAAAGAUGGAGCUCAGGACAAGGCGAAAAUUAGAUGAAGGUUUUUCUGGAUCCAUUUCGCGGGAGAAUUUUGAUGUCAGCACGAGGGAUAAAGCUUCUCCUUAUGUUAACAGAUUUUUUUCUUCGAAGGAUUUCAGACAUCGCUCCGAUCACGGAUUUUUUCUUCAAAGAGGUAAUAAUUCUGUUGAGACUGAGAAAUUGGGGCGAGUUGAGUUCAGAGCAAAGAGAAACCAAUCUAUGUCGAAUAUAGGACCCACAAACAGGCGUGUAAUAAACGAUCGAUUCGCAGCCACUUCCAGUAAGAAUGUGUUUGGUGUGAGCAAAAGCAUGUGUUAUGGAUCCUUUUCUCCUGAGCACGACGAGCAUCAUUUUAAUCGAGGAUGGCGAGACCAGUCAAUUUCAAGUUUACAAAAAGGGAAUCGCAAGAAAGCUACGUAUCUCGACGAAGACGACGUUGAGAUAAUUGAUAAAGCCGAGUUCUUGAAUCAGAAAAACAAAUUCAUGCAAAAAAUUGGGUUCUCGACCAAGAAAAAAUCAAACGAAGGUUAUUCGGUUGGUAAAAAUCUUAGGAACGCUUGCGAUUGUUUCGAUCAAUUAUGCCUGCAGGAAUCAGAGAGCGACAGUGAUGAUAUGGUUCAUGAGGAAUUCGACGUAGAGGAAAUUGAUGAAGCCAUGUUCGAGAAUCAGAAAACUCGUUUUGUGACAAAAGUGGGCCCGAGGAGGGGGCAAGAGUUAAAUCGAGGCCGUUUUGCUGGCUCUUCUAGCAAAAACAAACCCUAUUUUCCAGAUGAUAGUGAAACCGAUACCGAUCCGCUGCCAAGUCCAUUAGCAAAGAAAGGGUACAAAAAUGCAUUUACGAGUUCCAAGGAAAGUAUGAUUGAGACGGUCGAUGAAGCUGAGUACAUAAGGGCGAAAUUGCGUUCGGCCUCCAUGAAGAACAUAGGGCCCUCGAACAGCAUGAGGAAAAAGAAACCCUCGACUGAAAAAGUUGACAAAGGCAAAAAGAAAAUAAAAGUUGCUGCCUUUUCAAGAAUGACAGAGAGUGACGAAGAUUGCAAUGAAUUUCUUGACGAGGACUCUUCGGAAGACACUGACUCCUACUCGAGCAGUCAUUCCAGUAGCGAGAACACCGUUGAUUUGCUACAAGACGAUGAAACCAACUCACUCAGUGGAGGAAACAAGAUUCAGAUUGGUGUUGCGAGUCGGACUCGGUCAAGGAUGGGAAUCACCAAAAAGCCUCUGAAAGUUGACUCGAGUUCGUCUUCUGGAAAUCGUAAUGCUGGUGGUGAAGAGUCUGAACCGGAGAGUCCUUUUGACUCUGCCGAGAUAGAGCUACUGCAUGUUGAGGCAUGUGAUGUACAGAAAGACACGUUGCCCGAUGUGUCUGCAGAGAAGAGUGAAGAUUGCCUAAAUCAAAAAGGGCUUGCUGCAGAAAAGAGCGACGAGUGCCGAAUAGAAGAAGGGCUUGCUGCAGAAAAGAGCGACGAGUGCCGAAUAGAAGAAGGGCUUGCUGCAGAAAAUAGCGACGUGUGCCGAAAAGAAGAAGGGCUUGCUGCGGAAAAGAGCGACGAGUGCCGAAAAGAAGAAGGGUUUGCUGCUGAAAAGAGCGAUGAGUGCCGAAAAGAAGAAGGGCUUGUUUCAGAAAAGAGGGACGAGUGCCGAAAAGAACAAGGGCUUGCUGCAGAAAAGAGCGACGAGUGCCGAAAAGAAGAAGGGCUUGCUGCAAGAAAGAGCGACGAGUGCCGAAAAGAAGAAGGGCUUGCUGUGCAGCAUGCUUUGGAGAGUGGGCUUCUAUCCAAUAUUCAGAAAGAAGUUUCAAACUGUGAGCAGCCUGUUUUUCGAAGACGUAAAUUUUCUUCUAGGAAAAGAAAGUUGAGCCCCGGUGUGUCUAGUAAAAAAAGUAAGGGAGAGAAAGCACACAGUGUCCAUGAAGUAAUAAACCGAAUUUUCGGCGGUGAUGCGAAUGCGGACGAGGGCUUGGGAGAGAGGAGAAAUGAGAAAAUAGAUGAAAUGCCUAAAUUCACAGACUCGAAGCAAUUAAUGGAUUGUGACGAAGCGGAGGAGGUGCAGACCAAGGACUCCUCACAGGCAGACGUAAGGGAGCAACGGGAUGAAGUUUCUCCUCCCGAGUUGAGAGACGACAGCGUUCGUAUUCAGAGUGACGAUAUUCUUCAGGAUAAAAUUGAUGCAACCAGUUCAAAUAUCCAGACGCACGGCAGCUCGGAGAAAGUUGACGAUGUGCCUGAAGAAAUCAAGAAGCCGACCGAAGGGAGACAAGUUACUUCAAGGCACUACGAUUUCUGCACAAUGCUUGCUCAUUCUGUACUGGGGAUCGGACCAAUGCUUGAUGACGAAGAAGCUGAGAUGGAACAUCAAUAUAAAACCCAAGUCGCUCUUCCAACGAGGUUCAGAUUCGAAGACGAGGUACCGGAAGAGAGAGAAACAACAGAACACGAGAGAGAAAUGGAAGGCCUGUGGGAUGAGUUUGACGUUUGUUUGGCACUGCAGCAAGUAGGAUCAUUUUGCCCUGAGAUUGAUGAAGAGAACGAACUUUCUCCGUCUGAAGAAACUCAGCAUGCACGAUGCGCUAGAGGGAGGCACGAGUUGAUCUUACAAGACGAGGAAGGGCUAAUCUGCAAGUACUGUUAUCACGUGGAGCUGGGACCGAAAGACGUAAUGCCCGAUUGGGUGGAGAGAAUUUACAGGGAAUCGGAAAGGAAAAGAGAUUCUGAAUGGGAGCAUCAUUUAAAGUUCGAUGGAAUGGACUUCGAUUUUUCGAUUGAUAAUCUUGCCGAAUAUAGCAAUAGUUAUAGUGGUACUGUUUGGAGUCUCAAUCCUGUUGCACGAGAAAGUAUGUACGAACAUCAGCAAGAAGGCUUUGAAUUUCUGUGGAAAAAUUUGGCAGGAAGCACCGACCUCGACGAACUGAAGAGCAGUGAUCCUGGUAAAGUCGGUGGAUGCAUCAUUUCUCAUGCCCCAGGAACCGGAAAAACCCGUCUGACGAUAGUUUUCAUCGAAUCUUAUUUAAGAAUGUUUCCGUACUGCCGGCCAAUGAUUAUCGCCCCAGCCAGCAUGCUCCUCACGUGGGAAGAAGAGUUCAGAAAAUGGAACGUUCGGUUCCCGUUCUUUAACCUCAAUAAUCCGGAGAUUUUGGGCAACGAGAACAAGAAAGCUGCGGAGCGGCUCGAGGGGGGCAAACGUGGUAACCAAGAGGCGAUUCGUUGGGUGAAGAUAUUUUCGUGGAAUACGGGGAGAAGCAUUUUGGGGAUCAGCUAUAGCUUGUUUGAGAAGUUAACUGGGGAAAAGCACUUGAAGAAGGAGAAGCUAGGCGAGAAGAGGAAUGGUGUGUCUCUCGGAUCUAGAUUGGAAUCUCAGAGAAAAAUACUCCUCGAAAAGCCCGGAUUGGUCAUUCUCGAUGAAGGGCAUACUCCUCGUAAUCAGAGGAGUAACAUAUGGAACGUUCUCCUUAAACUCCAGACUCAAAAACGGGUCAUUCUUUCCGGAACUCCUUUCCAGAACAACUUUGCUGAACUCUUCAACACGCUGCGUCUCGUCAGACCAGCAGUUGCCGAUGUGCUGGCGCACGAGAGAACUUUUUCCGAGAUGGUUACGCCGAGGACACGAAGAACGCACAAGGGGGAGAUUUACCAUCAGCAAUCCACUUUGAAUCCGGAGGUAGUUGACCGCGCCGUGGACAAGCUUAAAUUACACAUGUCGCCCUUCGUUCAUGUGCACAGAGGCACCAUCCUCAAGCAGAGUCUACCGGGAUUAAUGGACUGCGUCGUUUUUCUUAACCCCCCGCCUCUGCAGAAGAGCUUAAUCGAGAGGCUCGAAGGGUUGCCAAAUACAUUCGAGUUCGAGCAUAAAGUGGCUCUGAUAUCCGUGCAUCCGUAUCUUUUCAAACACUCCGAUUCGCCGGAAGAGCAGCAACUGACCGGCAUAGACAUGGCUGCGGUGGAGGCAUCCAGGCUGAACCCGAACGAAGGCGUCAAAACAAAGUUCAUCCUGGAGCUCGUCCGCCUCAGCGUCGUAAUGAACGAAAAGGUACUGAUAUUCAGCCAGUACAUUCUACCGUUGCAACUAAUAAACGACCAGCUGAAAGAAUUCUUCAAGUGGGGCGACGGAAAGCAGAUUCUUCAGAUGCGAGGAAAGCUCGACCAGAAGCAGCGUCAGGUUCUGAUUAACGUGUUCAACGAUCCAAAGAGCGAAUCGAAGGUCAUGCUCGCCUCGACAAAGUGCUGCUCCGAGGGUAUCAGCUUAGUCGGGGCUUCGAGGGUGGUUUUGCUUGACGUCGUUUGGAAUCCUUCGGUCGAGAGGCAAGCGAUUAGUCGAGCUUAUAGAAUCGGGCAGAAGAAGUUCGUCUAUACGUACCAUUUGAUGACUUCGGGUACAACCGAGGCAGACAAGUACUGCAGGCAGGCUGAGAAGGACCGUUUGUCGGAGUUGGUUUUCUCGUCUUCGAACGAGAGUGAUAAACAAGAGCACCCGUCUUUGGGGAUCGAGGACAGGAUUCUUGAGGAGAUGGUCGGUCAAGAAAGAUUGAAAGAGAUGUUCGUAAAGAUCAUUAACCAGCCGAAAGAUACCGACUUGAUUCAAACUUUUGGUCUCCCUUCUUGAGAUUGUUUAAGGUAUAUUUAUCUGAUUUUUGCCAUCAGAUUGCAGAAACAAACUCACUCCAGUUUUACUGCAGAUUCUGUUAUGUUGCAGUAGAUUAACUUAAUGUCUGAACUUUCGAUUAUAUUUUAGACCUAUAUCACAAUCCUAGUUUAUUAAAUGUUUUCGUACUCGUUCAAAAACAUCGAUAUAAUUUAUUUUUCCGG